GCCCCCCGCCACGCCCCGCACUACGCGCCACGCCCACCACCACCACCACCACCACACGAGUGAGUGCCGUAACAACAUGCAAACACCACGUACACGCGGCUGGCGGCCAUGGCCAACGCCGCGCACAUGCCGCACCACUGACGACACGCCCCCCGCCACGCCCCGCACUACGCGCCACGCCCACCACCACCACCACCACACGAGUGAGUGCCGUAACAACAUGCAAACACCACGUACACGCGGCUGGCGGCCAUGGCCAACGCCGCGCACAUGCCGCACCACUGACGACACGCCCCCCGCCACGCCCCGCACUACGCGCCACGCCCACCACCACCACCACCACACGAGUGAGUGCCGUAACAACAUGCAAACACCACGUACACGCGGCUGGCGGCCAUGGCCAACGCCGCGCACAUGCCGCACCACUGACGACACGCCCCCCGCCACGCCCCGCACUACGCGCCACGCCCACCACCACCACCACCACCACACGAGUGAGUGCCGUAACAACAUGCAAACACCACGUACACGCGGCUGGCGGCCAUGGCCAACGCCGCGCACAUGCCGCACCACUGACGACACGCCCCCCGCCACGCCCCGCACUACGCGCCACGCCCACCACCACCACCACCACCACACGAGUGAGUGCCGUAACAACAUGCAAACACCACGUACACGCGGCUGGCGGCCAUGGCCAACGCCGCGCACAUGCCGCACCACUGACGACACGCCCCCCGCCACGCCCCGCACUACGCGCCACGCCCACCACCACCACCACCACACGAGUGAGUGCCGUAACAACAUGCAAACACCACGUACACGCGGCUGGCGGCCAUGGCCAACGCCGCGCACAUGCCGCACCACUGACGACACGCCCCCCGCCACGCCCCGCACUACGCGCCACGCCCACCACCACCACCACCACACGAGUGAGUGCCGUAACAACAUGCAAACACCACGUACACGCGGCUGGCGGCCAUGGCCAACGCCGCGCACAUGCCGCACCACUGACGAUACGCCCCCCGCCACGCCCCGCACUACGCGCCACGCCCACCACCACCACCACCACCACACGAGUGAGUGCCGUAACAACAUGCAAACACCACGUACACGCGGCUGGCGGCCAUGGCCAACGCCGCGCACAUGCCGCACCACUGACGACACGCCCCCCGCCACGCCCCGCACUACGCGCCACGCCCACCACCACCACCACCACACGAGUGAGUGCCGUAACAACAUGCAAACACCACGUACACGCGGCUGGCGGCCAUGGCCAACGCCGCGCACAUGCCGCACCACUGACGACACGCCCCCCGCCACGCCCCGCACUACGCGCCACGCCCACCACCACCACCACCACACGAGUGAGUGCCGUAACAACAUGCAAACACCACGUACACGCGGCUGGCGGCCAUGGCCAACGCCGCGCACAUGCCGCACCACUGACGACACGCCCCCCGCCACGCCCCGCACUACGCGCCACGCCCACCACCACCACCACCACACGAGUGAGUGCCGUAACAACAUGCAAACACCACGUACACGCGGCUGGCGGCCAUGGCCAACGCCGCGCACAUGCCGCACCACUGACGACACGCCCCCCGCCACGCCCCGCACUACGCGCCACGCCCACCACCACCACCACCACACGAGUGAGUGCCGUAACAACAUGCAAACACCACGUACACGCGGCUGGCGGCCAUGGCCAACGCCGCGCACAUGCCGCACCACUGACGACACGCCCCCCGCCACGCCCCGCACUACGCGCCACGCCCACCACCACCACCACCACCACCACACGAGUGAGUGCCGUAACAACAUGCAAACACCACGUACACGCGGCUGGCGGCCAUGGCCAACGCCGCGCACAUGCCGCACCACUGACGACACGCCCCCCGCCACGCCCCGCACUACGCGCCACGCCCACCACCACCACCACCACACGAGUGAGUGCCGUAACAACAUGCAAACACCACGUACACGCGGCUGGCGGCCAUGGCCAACGCCGCGCACAUGCCGCACCACUGACGACACGCCCCCCGCCACGCCCCGCACUACGCGCCACGCCCACCACCACCACCACCACACGAGUGAGUGCCGUAACAACAUGCAAACACCACGUACACGCGGCUGGCGGCCAUGGCCAACGCCGCGCACAUGCCGCACCACUGACGACACGCCCCCCGCCACGCCCCGCACUACGCGCCACGCCCACCACCACCACCACCACACGAGUGAGUGCCGUAACAACAUGCAAACACCACGUACACGCGGCUGGCGGCCAUGGCCAACGCCGCGCACAUGCCGCACCACUGACGACACGCCCCCCGCCACGCCCCGCACUACGCGCCACGCCCACCACCACCACCACCACACGAGUGAGUGCCGUAACAACAUGCAAACACCACGUACACGCGGCUGGCGGCCAUGGCCAACGCCGCGCACAUGCCGCACCACUGACGACACGCCCCCCGCCACGCCCCGCACUACGCGCCACGCCCACCACCACCACCACCACACGAGUGAGUGCCGUAACAACAUGCAAACACCACGUACACGCGGCUGGCGGCCAUGGCCAACGCCGCGCACAUGCCGCACCACUGACGACACGCCCCCCGCCACGCCCCGCACUACGCGCCACGCCCACCACCACCACCACCACACGAGUGAGUGCCGUAACAACAUGCAAACACCACGUACACGCGGCUGGCGGCCAUGGCCAACGCCGCGCACAUGCCGCACCACUGACGACACGCCCCCCGCCACGCCCCGCACUACGCGCCACGCCCACCACCACCACCACCACACGAGUGAGUGCCGUAACAACAUGCAAACACCACGUACACGCGGCUGGCGGCCAUGGCCAACGCCGCGCACAUGCCGCACCACUGACGACACGCCCCCCGCCACGCCCCGCACUACGCGCCACGCCCACCACCACCACCACCACACGAUUCACGCAAGAUGAGCGACGGAGGUCUGUCGCGUUAUAAUCUGUGAAGUGAACUGUCAAACUGUUGAGUUACGUUGAACUAUAGCGUUGAGACGUUCAGUUUUGUUAAUUAUAUCAAUUAAGAAACAAGAGUAACAAUGUAUGAAUGCUUGUAAACUUGAUUUAUAAUUUUUCCA